AUAAAUGUAAACUGCUCGUUCAUGCAAUUUGUAACAUUAAAAUGACAUUGAAAGGAUUAUUGCUGUUUUGUUUAGUGUACGUGGCUGCUGGAAAACAUGUAAAAAUAGAUAAAGAGUCUCCUGUCCUGAAAUGGCCUCCUACGUAUUCUCUCGAAGCAACAAAGUAUUAUAUGUCAUCUGGUUUGAUCGAAAACUUUAAAUACUGGAGAUCGUCGAGGAAUUCACGCUUGGAAGCCAAUAAUGGAGCAGUUAUUAAAAUCGCGAUAGGCACGAAAAAGGGCUAUGGAAAAUAUGAGAUUCAUCCUGAGACAACAGAGGAAGAGACCAACAAGAUGGUGUGUACAAAAAUCAAGGAAAUGCUUGUAAGACCAGAAAAUUUUCUACCCACAAUCGGUGAUCUCAAUAAGCAAGAAGGUACUGAAAAUAUUAGAGGUAUCGAUUGCGUCAAAUUCACAAAUGCAGGGGAAACGAGACCAGAAAAUGAGAAAACAUUAUGGGCCUACGCUGAUAACGGUACCGCCUAUUGGAUUCCCGUAAGGUAAACAUUAUAAUUAAUUUCCUUAAUUUAGAUAUCUUCCAUUUAAUCCAAUCAAAUGUUUAUAUUUUGCAAUUUAAAUUGGUACAUAAAAGUAA